CAGGCCCCGGGCCCUUCACGGUGCUCCGUUUCGACUGAGGAGGGGAGGGGGAGGCUAGGCGAUGCGAGAUGGGACUCGAAAUCCGGCUUAACGUACCUCAUCCUCUGUCGCGAUGAAGGGCGCACUUACAGACCGGCCAGCCUUUCCAUAUGGGGAUGGGGAAGCCUCGGCCUCGUGCUUUUCCUUGUCACAUUCGGACCCUUCGCCAUCUUCUACUUUGCCUUUUAUGUCCUCUGCUUUGUGACUGGGGGCUUUGUGGUCACGCUCCUCUUUGGAAGAACCGCUUCCGAGAAGUACCUGGAGCAGUGUGAGCACUCCUUCCUCCCCCCGACCUCCGCAGGGAUUCCGAAGUGCUUAGAAGAAAUGAGGCGGGAAGCUCGGACCAUUAAGAUCGACCGAAGAUUGACGGGUGCCAACAUCAUCGAUGAGCCUCUCCAGCAGGUGAUCCAGUUCUCCUUGCGGGAUUAUGUCCAGUAUUGGUAUUACACGCUGAGCGACGAUGAGUCUUUCCUCCUCGAAAUCAGGCAGACGCUCCAGAACGCCCUCAUCCAGUUUUCUACCAGGUCAAAGGAGAUAGACUGGCAGCCUUACUUCACUACGCGCAUUGUGGAUGAUUUUGGGACCCAUCUGCGAGUUUUCAGGAAAGCCCAGCAGAAGAUCACAGAGAAGGAUGAGCAGGCGAAAGGUUCGGCCGAAGACUUGGUAGAGACCUUCUUUGAAGUCGAAGUCGAGAUGGAGAAGGACACUUGUCGUGAUCUGGUCUGCACCUCUCCCAAAGAAGAAGAAGGAUUCCUUCGGGAUCUAUGUGAGGUCUUACUGUAUUUGUUGCUACCUCCUGGAGACUUCCAGAACAAGAUCAUGCGAUACUUUGUCAGGGAAAUCCUUGCGCGUGGAAUUCUUCUUCCAUUAAUAAGCCAACUCAGUGAUCCUGAUUAUAUUAAUCAGUAUGUCAUCUGGAUGAUUCGUGAUUCCAAUUGCAACUAUGAGGCCUUUAUGAACAUUAUUAAAUUAAGUGACAAUGUGGGUGAGCUCGAGGCCGUCAGGGAUAAGGCUGUGGAAGAAUUACAGUAUCUUCGCUCCCUCGACACCGCAGGUGAUGAUAUCAACACUAUCAAAAAUCAAAUUAAUAGUUUAUUAUUUGUAAAGAAAGUAUGUGACUCCAGAAUACAGAGGUUGCAGUCAGGCAAAGAAAUAGAUACUGUGAAGCUGGCAGCCCACUUUGGGAAACUUUGCACAGUCCCCUUGGACAGCAUUCUCGUAGACAAUGUUGCACUACAGUUUUUCAUGGAUUACAUGCAGCAGACUGGAGGCCAAGCUCAUCUCUUCUUCUGGAUGACGGUGGAGGGCUACCGAGUGACAGCCCAGCAGCAGCUUGAGGUGCUCUUGAGCCGUCAGAAAGAUGGGCGGCACCAGACCAACCAAACCAAAGGCCUUCUCCGAGCCGCUGCUGUUGGGAUUUAUGAGCAGUACUUGUCAGAAAAGGCAUCACCAAGAGUUCACAUUGAUGACUACUUGGUAGCCAAGUUAGCGGAUACACUGAAUCAUGAGGAUCCGACGCCUGAGAUUUUCGAUGACAUCCAAAGGAAGGUGUAUGACCUGAUGCUAAGAGACGAGAGGUUUUACCCAUCGUUCAAACAGAAUGUUCUCUAUGUGCGCAUGCUGGCCGAGCUGGACAUGUUAAAAGACCCCAGCUUCCGAGGCUCCGAUGAUGGGGAUGGAGAAUCUUUUAAUAGGUCUCCUACAGGGAGCAUAAAUUUGUCUUUAGAUGACCUUUCAAGUGUGUCUUCUGAUGACUCGGUGCAGCUCCACGCUUAUAUUUCUGAUACCGUCUGUGCUGACUGUGACCCCUAUGCUGUGGCAGGCGUGUGUAACGACCAUGGCAAGACCUAUGCCUUGUAUGCCAUCACUGUGCACCGGCGCGGCCCCAACAGCGACGAGAUCUGGAAGACCUAUCGCCGUUACAGCGACUUCCAUGACUUCCACAUGAGGAUCACUGAGCAGUUUGAGAAUCUGUCAAGCAUCCUAAAGCUCCCUGGUAAAAAAACAUUUAACAAUAUGGAUCGAGACUUUUUAGAAAAGAGAAAAAAGGACCUAAAUGCAUAUUUACAGCUCUUACUGACACCUGAGAUGAUGAAAGCCUCCCCUGCCCUGGCUCCCUACGUGUGUGACUUUCUGGAGAACAAAGCCUACAGCAAAGGCAAAGGAGAUUUUGCUCGUAAGAUGGACACAUUUGUAAAUCCACUUCGCAAUUCUAUGAGGAAUGUUUCAAAUGCAGUUAAAUCUCUUCCCGAUAGCUUGGCAGAGGGCAUGACCAAAAUGUCAGACAACAUGGGCAAAAUGUCAGAGAGAUUAGGACAAGACAUCAAACAAUCAUUUUUCAAGGUGCCUCCUUUAAUUCAGAAGACAGAUUCUGAUGCUGAACAUUGCCGAGUCUCAGCCCAGCUGGAUGACAACGUGGACGACAACAUCCCUCUUCGGGUCAUGCUGCUCCUCAUGGACGAGGUCUUUGACCUGAAGGAACGGAACCAGUGGCUGCGGCGGAACAUCAAGAACCUGCUCCAGCAGCUGAUCCGGGCUACCUACGGGGACACCAUCAACAGAAAAAUAGUGGACCACGUGGACUGGAUGACGUCUCCUGAGCAGGUGGCUGACUCGGUCAAGCGUUUCAGGGACGCCUUCUGGCCCAACGGCAUCCUGGCCGAGACGGUGCCGAGCAGGGACAAGGCCAUCAGGAUGAGGACCCGAGUGGCCGGCAAGACCAAGCUCCUGGAGAUCAUGCCUGAUGAGCUGAAGCACAUCAUCGGGGCCGAGACGACACGCAAGGGCAUCCUGCGGGUCUUCGAGAUGUUCCAGCACCAGCAGCUCAACAAGAGGAUGGUCUACGUGUUCCUGGAGGGCUUCCUGGAGACGCUGUUCCCCCAGUACAAGUUCCACGAGCUCUUCAACAAGCUGCACUCGCGCUCGCGGCACAUGAGGAGAUACAAGCAGAGGCUGCAGGCCGCCCCGCCGCCCCCCCUGCAGAAGAGGUGACGGCGGCCGCGCCGCUUUGCUCGUCUGGGCGGCAGCGGGGCCGCGCCAAGCUCGCAGCGUCGCCCCUUAGGCUCUUAGUACACCCACGAGACCCGGGCCGCCGCUCCUCCUCGCCCGCCGCCCCGCCGGGAGCCCGCGUGUGGGGACGCCGGGAGCGGGAGCGAGGCCGGCCGCUCCUUUCUGACCAGAGGAUGCGGGGGGACCUCCCCGAGGAUGGGGGGCUCCUCGGCCCGGCACCGGGAGCCCCUGUGAGGGGCGGCUCGGGGGGAGGGGUCCGGCCUCGGCCCGCGUCCCCCCGAGGGGGAGAGAGCUCGGGACGGCCCACCCGGAGAGCGACGUCCGGCCCGACACGCCCGAGGCCUGGACUGACGGUUAUGAAACUGGACUUUCACCCCAAUUCCUGUGCUCUUGUGAUGUAAAGAAAUAAAGCUGGGUCACAGUCGAGCUUGGUUGUAUCUGUUAUUCGGGGAUCACGAGUGAGCCCCGGACAGAGGAGGAGGCAGCGGCGCGCCCACACCUCCCGGCCUCCGUGCACACGGCCGGGUGGCCCCGCGCAGGAACGCUUCUGGCGCACGCACAGCUCCGAAGAGGAGGAGAGCAACGAGAAUGUUUUUCUAGAUACUUUUUUAUGUAAAGAGCCUGCGGAGACCCCGGGACUUCCCUGAGCUCCGCUCUGACGGAGCAGACGCACUCGCACUCAGGGCCGCUGGCUCGGGGCGUCCCCUGGCUCUGCCUUUGACAAACAGUGAACACUAAGAGCUUGAAGCUCCUUGUGGAUUCCUGAGCCAAGAUCCUGGGGGGGUGGAGCCCCCCGGCGUCAGCAAUACAGACGUGUGUGUACGUGUGCGUGUACAUGUGUGUGUGUGCAUGUGCGCAUCUCCAGCUAAGACAGGGCCCGGGAAGCCGGGGCCCCACCGCUGCCGCCGCUGGGGAGCUUCGCCCCGCGGCGAGGCGGCCUCUUCCUUCUCGGAGCCUCCUUUCAGCCUUUCUGGAAGCGGCUUCGUCGUGUCCUGCCUGCCCGGGAGUGCCGAGAUGACCCGCGAGCGUCCCCGGACGGAGAAGCCCGGCCCGUCGGGGCAGGCUCGAGAAGGGCUUCAGAGCAGAGCCGAGGGGGCGGCGUGGAGGCGUCCGAGACCCCAGAAAUGGGCCCGGCGCCAUCGCCACGAGCGCCACUUGUUAGGGACUCUCCGAGCAAGAAUCCCAAGCGCUGGUCCGGCUAACGACGGCGCCUCUUCCCGAGCGGCGUGCUCCGGCCGUACGGUCACCUCGGGCCAGCGUCCAGUCGGUGCACCGAGCUCCGGCGGGCACUGGAGGGGGCAGCUGCACAGACACCCGGCAGAAGCGCGGCGGCGUCUCCGAGGCGAUCCCAAGACGCGAAGCACGCGGUGCCUUCGGCAGGAGCUCCUCGAUCGGGUUUUCGGUGGUUUUGUCUCAGACGACGCCUCGCUGCCAGCUUGUCUUGGGUGAAGCUGGGGAGCGAGUCCCAAGCGCACCGCCGUGGCCGUGCCGGGCCCGCAGGAGGCCCGCGUAGCUCCGCUUUCUCUGGAAGGAGCGUGCGAGUCUGAAAACGGCCACGCGGCUUCUUCUGACUUGGGCUGCCGGCGUUUUAAGUGCGGCCAGACCACGUGCCGACGCUUUGGAGGUUCCCUCUUUAAAGGCCACAAUCUCAACUUUAAUCUUGUGCAAUAUGUUCAUUGAACGCAUGUGAACUUGACUACGUGUAAAAUAAAUGCAUUUGUACUGUUUCCAGGUUCCGCCGUCUUCUUCCCCCACAGCUUGCAUUCCGGGAAGACUGGCCAGUCCUGCCCUGUAGAACCCUCCCGUUCGGGGUGUGCCCGGGUUCUGUCAGCCCUCUCUGCCCAAUGGCGCGGCCAUUUGUGGAACUGGAGGAAAAGUACGAACGUGUUCAUUUGGGUUUGCGACAUGUUCUGUCCGCCAAGAAAGCUGAAAACUGUUACACUAAUAAAGUAUUAACAAAUGUC